CCCGGAGCUACGAUUACGCGAAGCCCGACCCCCCACAUCAAUUGCAUGGCGAUCGAAGAAAAGUCUCGGUUUCCUGAGAGGACCGACAGCUAGCGAGCACAACUCUUUUCGCCUCGGUGUGUGAGUGAGUGAAAACGUCGUCUCUCUGUCGUGCGAUCACCGGACGAAGGGAAAGUGGACGAAGAACCGGUCAGGAGACGGACGCGAAUUCUACUGGCUUCAUAAAGACCAAAUCCUACAUAAAGACCCCUGACAGACCCUAAGUAACCUCCUUUGCUGGCUAAGACAUGAAUUUAGGUGACCGUCUCAACAAUCUUUUGACGAUAAUUUCAACGGUGGCACUAGUGUUUGCCUCCGUCCGUGCCAACAGCCUCCUCUGCUGGUCUAAUCAAUGUGGGAACGGUAACGACUGGUGUAUCGAAACGUGUCCCCACGGCGAAGAGAGCAGGCAGAUAUCGUGCCUUGCGCAAUACCGCCGUCUCAUAAACGGGACGGACAUUGCGUCGUAUUUCGGGUGUCACCAUGCCACCGUCCCCUGCUCCCACGAGUGUGUCCCCUCGGAGGAGUUGAGUCACAGCUUCUUUUGUUGCUGUUCAGGAGAUCUCUGCAACUCUAUACCUGCUCUCACCCCGACUGGUGACACGAUAACUCCACCCACCAACCCUUCAGACCCACCUACCGUCGACCCUCACGACAAUGUACUAGCAUGUGAAGAGUACACAUGUGGAGAAGACUCUAACGAGUGUUACUAUGGCUACCAGGAAUGCCCCCCUGGAGAUAAUUCCUUCUGUAUGGCAAACUACCAUUACAAUACCUCGAUACAAAAGUACCAGCUGGCGAAAAAGAACUGUACCACGGUCACGGAAGUGGGCUGGUGCCGGGAAGACUGCCACAUCAAGACGGAGUUCAACGGCGACCAGUUCUGCUGCUGCUCCGGAGACCUGUGCAACCAGAACCAUCUAUUUCAUCUUCCUCUCACAGUUGUAGAUCCUUGUGAAGAUCUGGAUGAAUGCAAGCUGAACAACGGGAGCUGUGAGGACUGCAUCAAUGACAUUGGUACUGGACACCACUGCGGCUGCCCCACUCACCAGAAGCUCUCUGACGACGGAAUACACUGCGAAGAUACCGGUCUCAUUUGCCACCACCUCGCCUGCAAUAUCACUGGCAUCAGGUGCUCCGAGGACCACUACGAGAACCAAUAUUGCGACGAGGCCUACGACGACCCUGCAACUAACGCCAACCACGAUAACCACCAUUGUCAGGCCACAUACAAGCUUCGCGACGACGGUAUUUUCGAACCACGACUCCUGAGCUGUUUUUCCGGUGACUUUAAGUGCACAGACGACACCCAGUGCGUCCUGGACCUCGUGCAGCCGGAGAGAAGCAUUUACUACUGCUGCUGCAAGACAAACUACUGCAACGGACACGGAGUAAUUGUCUUUCCGUCCGUGACUCCUCCGGAUGGUGUGACAGAUACACGCACCGACAAUAGUGGGACUAGUGCUUCGUCCAGUAGCACUCCUGUGCCCUCACCGACCGCCACUGCCCCUCUCAACCAGUCCUCAGACCAGAGUACUGACGACUCUCGUAGCCAACUCAUCUUCAUCGUCGUCGUCAUUCUGGCCCUGCUCGUCCUGAUCCCCGUCGUAGCUGCCGGCAUCGGCUGCAUCUGCUACAUGUACUGGAGCGGGACCAUCCACCCCAACAAGAACGACCAGAUCUACUCGCCGCAAGAGCAGGAGGGACUCAUCUCACGCAGUCCAGACGUGAGCUUCCAGAACCUCACCUUCAUAGACAAGGUGGGGCAGGGUCGCUUCGCGGCGGUCUAUCGGGCCAAGAACGUGGAGGCUGAGGUGGCCGUGAAGGUCUUUCCCAACACUCAGCUGAGUCGAGACUCGUGGACGCGCGAGUGCGACAUCUACACCACUCCUGAGCUGGAACACAAGUACAUUCUCGGCUUCAGAGGUAGUUUGGAGAAGGGGUCAGAGCUGUGGAUCGUGUCAGACUACUACUCUCUCGGUUCGCUCCACGACCUCCUCAAGAAACAGACCCUCACUCUCAGACGGUUCUGUGAUCUGGCUGAGUCAGCCGCAAUCGGUCUGGCUCACCUCCACGACCAGAGAAUAGUGGACGGAGUCACCAAGAAACCGUCCAUCGCUCACAGAGACCUCAAGAGCAAAAACGUUCUCAUACGGAACAACUUCACCUGCGUCAUCAGCGACUUUGGCCUCGCCGUCAAGUUUCUCAGCGAGGAGACAAGUACAGAUGCUCACGGACAGGUUGGUACCAGUCGUUAUAUGGCCCCUGAAGUCCUCGAGGGAGCCAUCAGUUUCCAGAGAGAGGCUUACCUCAGGAUCGACGUCUAUGCCUUUGCUCUCAUUCUGUGGGAACUGGCAUCACGUACAAACCUCACCAACAGUCAAAUGAAGCAGUACAGUCCUCCAUUUGAUGAGUUUGUCUCUCCCAGUCCAUCCAUUGAAGAGAUGCGAGAGAUUGUCGUCAGUCAGUUCAAGCGGCCAACGAUCGCCAAGGGAUUCACAACAAGUGGAAAUGCCCUCUCUGGGCAGUUGGCGGGGAAACGCUGCUCCCUAUCAACACUGAGUACGACAGUAUUCGGGAUACUAUUGAAAGAAAGCUGGGACCAGGAACCAGAGGCCCGACUCUCUGCCCAGUGCAUAGCCGAGAGAAUCCGCAUGUUCAAACUCUCGAAAUUCGGCUCCAAAGACUCCGGACUCACCGAAACAGACACCCCGACUGACCUCACGUGUAACUCCGAGUCCAUGGACUCCCAAUUAGCGCCCACCACCCCGAGCCUCUCGUCCAGUCGCACAAUGUCCCCCAUGACCUCAAAGAACUGCAUGCUCGACAGUGGUACGGAGAGUCUCGGGAUUUACCCGGGGCAAGCUUUCUCCACGGAAACCGUCCGUCUCGGAGGGACCAACUCCAGCAACUCGAGUUUUCUGCUGUCGUCGCGAAGUCGCGGGAGCGGACAGUUCAAUCCCCCGCACCACCACUUUUGUGGAGGAGGUCUUUCGAGGUGCGGCCAUCACCACCACCAUCACCACACCGCCUUUUCCAACCGCGCAAUGUACAACAUACACUCCACGGAAACAACCGUCUGAAUAAUUAUAUUUAAACUGCAAUACAACAACCUCCUCUCCCCAAUUCUUUGAAUGUUAAUUCCCUAUCUUUAAAAAUUCAUCACGUAUGUCCAAUGCAGCCCUGUCUCUGUCUGUCGUGUGAUUGUGACAAUUCCAGUCUCAAACGUGAAUCAACCAUCAUCUGAUUAUUACGACAUUCCCCCCGUCCGCUGCGCAUUCUACAGUUCCCAGUUAUCCCAACAUACAUACAUCCUUCUGCAGACAGUAAAUAUACUACUUUGUGCUUCUUUCCCUCCCCCCACUCACUAUCUCUCCCUUCUUUUCUUUUCCCUUUAAUUAAUGUUAACUUUCAACCGAAACGACCGAAUUAAAGUGACUUUAUUUCGUUGGCACCCACAUGCACUUAUGAUUGGACCUAAUAAUAAUAAUGUGAUGACAAAGAUCUAUAUUAUCCUCAUCUUUCAUUUCAUUGACAAUGACUCAGAUACUAAAGAUUUUCUUAUCUGUCUUAUCUCAGAUUUUAGUGUGUGCUUGGUUUUGUCCGUCUUUCUAAUUGUGUAAAAGAUUUUAUACUAAAUUAUUAUCUAACCGCUUGUUUGUUUUGAAAUGUUAUAUAUCAUUGCUAUAACCUAUUAUGCUGCUGUUUGUGUGUGCAUUCUAUAACAGUUCAUAUUUUAC